UUUAUAGAGACCAAAUGAUAAUUUAGUGUGCCAAGCUCUUGUGCAUAGUGUUAAAAAUGAAGGGUUCGUGCGCUUUCUUAAUUCUAAUAAUUGUUAUUGCCUUUACAUCAUCAGUGUCCGCUCAACAAGAGUACGAUUACGAGGAAGUUCUCGGCUUAUCAAUAUGGUUCUACGAAGCACAACGGUGUGGUAAACUUCCGAAUACAAAUAGAGUGGACUGGAGAUGGGAUUCUUUUGUUGACGACGGUUCGGAUGUAGGUAUUGACCUCGAAGGUGGAUAUUUUGAUGCUGGCGAUCACGUUAAGUUUGGUUUUCCACUCGCUGGAUCUAUUACUAUCCUAGCAUGGGGUGUAUUAGACUACGUAGAUGGUUAUUUGGCAGCUGGAGAAUAUGAAAAUGGGUUAGACAUGCUCCAAUGGGGACUGGAUUAUAUGAUAAAGACUCAUCCAGAACCGAAUGUUAUAUGGGUUAAUGUUGGUAACGGAACUGUCGAUCACAGUUUUUGGGGUCGACCUGAAGAAUGGCCCCGAAAUCUUGCUCGUCCAUCUGUUGGACCUAUCAACAUUACAAAUCCAGGAUCUGACCUUGCUGGCGAAUACGCUGCAGCAUUUGCUGCUAGCUCACUAGUAUUCCGUUCUGUCAAUACUACCUACUCGAAAGUUCUGCUACGGCACGCGAUAGAAUGCUACGAUUUCGCAUUUAACUAUAGAGGAAGGUAUUCUGACAAUGUGUACAAAUCGCCUGAAUAUGGCUCUUGGGCAUAUGCUGACGAGCUAUUGUGGGCAUCAGUGUGGUUAUACCGAGCCACAACCAACCCUGUGUAUUUGACAAAUGCGAGAAGUCUUUGGGAUGAACACUAUUUUGGCUACACACCCCAAAGCUUUGAUUGGGAUAAUAAAUUAGCCGGAGCUCAAAUACUAUUGGCAAGGUUUGCUGGACGUAGUGAGCCGGAAUAUGUCACAGCUGCUGAAAAUUUCUGCAGAUGGGUUAGAAACGAUGCUAGGAAAACGCCACUGGGCCUAAUCUUUCUAAGCGAAUGGGGUUCACUACGAACCAUCUCGACCGUAGUUUUUGCUUGCUUACAAGCUGCAGAAAUUAAUAUUGACGCUGAAGCCAAUAGAGCGAUGGCUGUGUCUCAAAUUGGAUACGCACUUGGUGAUACUGGACGAAGUUUUGUUGUUGGAUUCGGCGUAGAUCCUCCUUCCAGACCUCAUCACAGAGCGAGUUCUUGUCCCUCCCUUCCAUUGCCUUGUAUUGGAGACGAAGCACUAAAUAAUCCGGGUCCGAAUCCACAGACAUUAUUCGGUGCUUUAGUUGGUGGACCUGGAUUGGAUGAUUCCUAUGUGGACGAUAGACAGGAUUAUGUAAAAAACGAAGUCGCAUUGGACUACAAUGCUGGAUUUCAAAGUGCCAUUGCCGGAAUGAUAUCGCUGAGAAAUCGUGGUUUGCUUUAAGUUUGCCGAAUAAAAAUAGAUUUCCCCUGCUCUCAAAAUGGCUUUUCUGAAUACCUUCGAAUGUCACAAGGGAAAGUAUAAUAACUGAUAAGACUGGCGACAAAUUCUCAUUACCUCUGAAAUGAUAGCCGAAAUAUAAAUAUUUUUAUUUGUUCUCGCUCACUUCAGUUCGUCAUUUCCAGAUUUGCUUUUAUUGAUGUCAUAAAAACACAACCAUUUAUACUUUCGAUAAUAAUAAACGAAAACCGAAAGACGAUAAAAUCUGUCCA